AUGGCUACGAAAGUCUUUGUGACGGGCAUCGCGCCCUGGGAGGCCCACGAGUGGCCCGAGGUCUUUGCGACCUCGAAAUCGAUGAGUCCACAGGCUUUUCUUGCCUUCCGCUUCAUUUCUGCCGCCACCUUCUUGGGCCACGCGGUGGCCCAUAUUAUAUGGCGCCUGGAGGAGGGUGAUGGAUGGUACUACUGGGCGUACCUGACCCACAUCGCGGUGUGGGUGGAGGUCGUCAGCGAGAUCCUGCUCGUGGUUCUGGCUAUUCAGGGCUACCGGAACUUGUCGGCCCCAAGGCUCUCGACGCUGCCCACGUUGGUUCGCGUGGAGAUGGCGAUCUACGCGGUCGUGCUCCCGGUGUCCCUGGUGGUGGUGGUCUUGUAUUGGACCCUGGUGAGGCCUAUCUGGGAUGUGGUGAGCGGCGUCCGGGAGGUUCCUGACUACCUGUCCAUCUUCGUUCACUUGCUGAAUUUCUUUCUUCUCAUCGUCGGCUUGUUUCUCAGCCGUCUCCCCUUCUCGAUGAACAGGGUCGGUUGGUCACUGCUCUUCGGGUUCGGCUACGUGGCGUGGACCAUCAUCCACUUCUUGGCACAGAUCGGCACACCGAAAGAGUGUGAUCAGUAUCCCACGCGGCAGGAGUGCCCGCUCUAUGACGCCUGGGACUGGAAUAACCCUACCAUCCCGGCCAUCAUCUCUGUCUCGCUGCUGGCGCCUGGCUUGCACAUUCAUGAGCUCAGCUCUAUCUUGUUCAAGUGGUCGAGGCUGUGGGAAGGUCAAGAAGGAUAG